UUUUACAACCGGAAGAGUUCUUUUUCACUUCCCCUAAGUUUUUUUUUUAGACCAAACAGCUAAAUCGCACGGGGUUCUGAGAAGUUACGCUGAAUACGAUUUUUUUUCAGUUUUGCAUAGCCAGUAAAUAGCGAGGCUUUGCGUUGAAAACAGAGAUGUCGCACACAAUUUUGCUUGUCCAACCAACCAAGAGACCAGAGGGCCGCACAUACGCUGACUAUGAGUCAGUUAAUGAAUGCAUGGAGGGUGUUUGCAAAAUGUAUGAGGAGCAUCUCAAGAGGAUGAAUCCAAACAGUCCCUCCAUUACUUAUGACAUUAGUCAGUUGUUUGACUUUAUUGAUGACUUGGCAGAUCUGAGCUGUCUUGUAUAUAGAGCUGACACUCAAACAUAUCAACCAUACAACAAAGACUGGAUAAAGGAGAAGAUAUACGUCCUCUUGCGGCGUCAGGCUCAGCAAGCGGCUAAGUCAGUUUGACAGGGGGGAUUCUUUCAUAUUGUACCAAACAUGAGGAAGAGAGAUUGGAAAAAAUUGGGGGAUGUGAAAAAAAUUGGGGAUUUUCUUUUUGGAAUUGUCAUCCUUGGCAGCGUGUGUGUGUGUUUGUAAUUUGUAAUGCAAAGCCCUUUUCAGACAUGGUUCCACCACUGUGCUUAAGUGACGGCACUUUUUUCAUUCAGACACGUAAGCUCUUUUCACACGUGCACUGCAGCCUGAAGUCUUUCUUGACAUUACCUGAGAGAGGUGCAUGUAAGAACACAAAGGUGUGAUGCAGUUGGAUUGGACAUUAAAUGGAUUUCAGCCUGGAACAAAAUUCAUGUGAUGUGCAUAGAAACUUAGUAGUCAUAUUGUGUCCUUUCUAUAGGAUAUUGCAAUCAUGCAGCUCCCUCACCUAAACCACAUGGAAGGCUUGCUUUUGUGUUACGUGUGAGAAAGAAAAGUUUACACAAUGUCCUGAUAUGCCUGUUCCAACAUUUUAAGUUUGUGUGUGACAACGGCUAUACUGGCAAAAGUGUCAUUGAUCUCGCAGGACAUUUGCCAUACAUGAAUUCAUUUGUAUUCAUUACCUUUUGAAAGUAAUACAUUUAAAAAAACUAAUAAGGUUAGUUAUUUAAUUAUGAAUCUGACAUGUGCCAUCAAAUGGCUUAAAAGGACUACAUGUAUGAAAAGGGCUUCUUUCUUCUUUUUUUUUUCUUUGUAAAGACUGCAUUGCCCAUUUAACAAAGGGAAUGUUUUCACAUCAUACUCAUUGGCAAAAGAGGCUUGGAAAAAAUGGGGUGAAAUUGUACAUUUUGGGCUUUAUACUGAAAAAUUGGGUCAUGGUUGGGAACCUGCAUGUUUAUAAGUUGUUACACUAUGAUGAGAAGAAUGGGCUAAGCAUGGAGAAAUACUCCACGGGGUAGAAAAACUUUCUUUGUGUGUGUUUUUCAGUUUCCUUAAAAGUUAUGUGAAUUUUAUUUUAUUUUUUUCCCUAUGUACAUUUUCCUGGGAGGUUGAAUUUCAAGACGUUGUGGACUUUGAAAGCAGCCGUUUUAUUUUUGAAGUAGAUCAGUGGCUGAAGACUGAUGAUCACAUGACAACCCAGGAGAUUUGUUACUAUAAUUAAUGGAAAGUUUUGAGUUUUCAUUAUGUUUUAAAAGCCUACCAUUGUGAUAUAAAACGUUUUUGUAAUCCUGUUGUUUUGCAUAACAUCUGAUUUCAACUCUCCAUUUCUGUUUUCUUUUAUUGAAAUAAAAUAAACGAUUGUUUCUGA